AUGAGGGAUUUUCCUUUGAUUGAAAACCAAACCUUGGUCUCGUCCAUUACCAUUAGUAGCGGGAGAACAAAUCCCGGUUCGGGACCAAAUCAUCCAGUCACAACGGAAUCAGAGGAUUCUCCCUUUCCUAUUGAUUUUGAACCAAACUCACCUCCCAUAGAUCACGCCGCCCUACCACCCACUCCGUGUGUCUUCCCGACGGGCCUCAAUCUCAGUUCAAUCCUUUAUUUUCUUUAUUGCGUUAGAUCGCCGAUCCAUGCUGUGAAAUGGUGCGCAAUGAUCAAAAGUCAGUCCUUUACCGAAGUCCUGUCUGCAGUAGUUGGCCUUUCUGCGUUGAGGAUAGCAUUCGCAUCAUGUACAAUAGGCAUUCCUCUGAAUUUGGAAUCAAAUAAUGUUGGUGUUGUAUUAAUGGGUGGUGGUUUGAUGAUACAAGAAGGAAGCUCUGUAAAAGCAACAGGAAGAAUUGCCCAGAUACCAGUGAGUGAGGCUUAUUUGGGCCGUGUUAUAAACGCUCUGGCUAAACCUAUUGACGGUAGAGGAGAGCAAAUUCUAAAGGAAUGGACAUCCGGAACCAUGUUACGUGCCCACGAAGUUUGGAGUGGAUGCCCAAUCUCCUCUACCUCCAAAUCCCUUGACCACGCCCCGCUCCGGGGAUCACUGAACGAGAGGGACACCCGGGACCACCUAUCCCAUCGGAUAAAAGUAGACCCCUAUUCUUGUCCCUCUUUAGGUGCAUACCCACUUAGGAAGAUAUGCAAAUCGGUAAAGAGAGAAGUCAAUGGAGAACUACCAAAUGACUUUUCUUUCUUUGUACCAUUCUGGGGGACUCCUUUGCAGAAUUCAGGCCUAGCCAUUAACGGAGAAGCUAUGGGAACAAUGGAAUCCGUGACUGCAUCAGAUUCUAUUGAAAACGAAUCCUAA